UACACGAUAACGCGCAACGUAGCAUUAUCAUAAAACAAGAUUCAGUUGGGCGAAACAUUGCGUCACAGAUAGACUGCAUAUUCUCAACAAUGUCUGACAGUAAAUAUGUAGUUUACUGACACAGGACGCAUUCUAGACUUUACUAUCCGGUAUUUUCAUCUUAGCCUAGCUUAAUACGCAAAGGGGAUUCCAGCAGUGGCUAACGACCAUCAGCUCCAACAACAGAGACUAAUCGAAGAUGUGUAAAUAAAAGUGAUGCUCCUUCGCAGCGUAUGACCAGAGGUACUUUCGGGCGGUACAAGACUGGUGGGAAUCGACAGUCAAGAUGAUGAAGAAAAAGAAGUUUAAGUUCAGAGUGGAUUUUGAGCUGGACGAGCUGUCGUCGGUUCCGUUUGUCAACGGGGUUCUGUUCUGUAAAGUCCGCCUGCUCGACGGCGGAUUCUCGGAGGAGUCAUCGCGGGAGACGGUUCAGGCAAACUGUGUACACUGGAGAAAGAGAUUCUCCUUCCCCUGUAAAAUGAGCGCUAAUGCUGGAACUGGAAUCCUUGACCCCUGUGUGUGUCGAGUUUCAGUCAGAAAGGAACUGAAAGGUGGAAAGACUUAUGCAAAGCUAGGUUUUGCUGAUCUCAAUCUGGCAGAGUUUGCGGGGUCAGGUAGCACCACACGCAGGUGUCUGCUGGAAGGUUAUGACACCAAGAACACUAGGCAAGACAACUCCAUCCUUAAGGUGAUUAUUAGCACACAGUUAAUGUCUGGGGACCCUUGUUUCAAAACUCCUCCAUCCACUGCCACAGUGAUAGGCAUUCAGGGUGAUGCUGAGAGUCUGCUGGAAGAGAGGAAAGGAGGAGACACACAGAAACCUUUUCUGAGCCUCUCAGAGACAUCAGGGAAAUGUGGCUCUCUGCCUGAUGAACUGGGGCUGUGUGGACACUCUCGAACGUCCAGUUACGCUAGUCAGCAGUCCAAAGUGUCAGGCUAUAGUACGAGUCAUUCACGUUCCUCCAGUCUGUCGGAGUUCUCUCACAGGAGAAACACUUCGGUGGGCAGUGCUUCUACUGGCAUUGCCAGCAUCCCUGAGCCUAGUGAGGAGAGUGACCAAACUACAGAACCCCCUACAGCCCCGGGAGUCUGUGCUGCUGUGUCUGAACACCCAUCAACUCCUGACAGAGCAGCCAGCAGGUAUCCAGUGAAGCAGGACUCGAUGGAGUCUCAGCUAAAGAGGGUGGAUGCCACACGUGUGGAUGCUGAUGAUGUAGUAGAGAAGAUCCUACAGAGCCAGGAUUUCACCCACAGUCUGCUGGACUCCAGUGCUGAAGAGGAAGGCCUGCGCUUGUUUGUAGGUCCUGGUGGAAGCACAGCACUUGGUAGCCACCACCUUCCUGCCAGGGUUGGAGCUGGUGCCUAUGAACAGGUGGUGAUCAAACGCUAGGGUUGGGAGCUGCCAGAUGGAAAAGUGUCAAAAAGCAAAGUCUGUUUCGUGGGAGGAGAGAGAGAGCGAGGGGAGAGGAGGAAGGAGGGACGAAGACAGACUUUUCGUCUCCUCAUGUCAUGAGCGGUUGUCCCGAACCUAAUUCAGCCUUUCGAUGAAACGGUGCCGUCUGCUGGCUACAUAUAUAUGAGACUGCCAUUAUUGCUGUCUGUGUUUCACUGUGAGGUGCAUCUGCAUUGCAAACAGUAACAGUAUUUUUUUUUUACCUAAUUACCUUUCCUAGUGCUGUUUUGUGAUAAGAUCUCUGUAUUUUAUAUUUGUGAGCCAUUGUAAGGAAUCUGUCUGUAGUAUUUGAUGGAGUAUACAUUUUCACACCACUGUGUACAUGCGUGAGGUGUAUACUCUAUCUGCAGAUGAAGGUGACCUCUUUAUGCUGGUAUACACUCCUUUAGCUGAUAUUCUGUCAUUGCUUUACUAUACGAAUGGAAAUCAAACUUUCCUAACCCAUUCAGCACUAUGAUAAUAACUGUCAGCAAUUUGUCUCACUGUGUGUGCUCCGUGAUCCGUUUGACAGAUGGUGCCGUUUUCAGACUUGAAAAAAAUUGUCCAUUUGAAAAGCACUUUGAAUUGAAGGACUCUUUACAUGGGAGUUCAUUCUGUAUCUUCAGGAGUGUUGGGAGUUUUAAAGGCUAAACUGUUGUUGUCAUGACUAAUGAUCAAGUUAAUCCAUACAUGUUAAAUAUGUAUUUGUUCUGUUCUUUAUUUGUUGCAAAAUGAGGACUUUCAGCUUGACUAGCUGAAUUUAAAUGAAUAUAUAAAACUCCAACUGCUGUGUUGUAUGUAGAUAUGUGGUAAUUUUGCAGUUUGAUUUCUUGACCCAUUUGCUACUUCAGAUCCAAGCAGGUGAAUAGCACCAUUUAUGACGUCACGUAAAUGUGCCAGCUUUCAUGCAGGGACAAAAUCAGCCUAGUUGUUCUAAAGCUAAGCUACGCAGAGAAUGAAGCAUUUAACCACCUCAACAAUGCUUGAAAUUGAGCUGUUUAGCACAGGGCUCUUGAGAUAACGUCAGCAAGAAUUAUGUAGCUCUUCUAGUCCUCUAUAUAAAAAACUCAUCUGCCAUAACAGUACAACAACUUUUUGUAGUACUUGAUGUAUCACUUAAAUUAAGCUAUUUUAAUAUCUAUCUUAAUGAUUCAGUGCUGAAGUAUCUCUGUAGGGCAAAUCAGAAGAUAUAAAAUCAUAACUUAUUGCUUAUCUAGUUCUAUGUGACUGUAUGUCUAUAUCUUCUCGGAAGCCAUUCACUGCAUUAUAGAUAUAAUAAAUACACUUGCCUCUGUGAUGUUGUGCAUGUGAGGAUUGAGCGAGUGUGUACAGUCUGUUUGUAGCACAUGAUAAUAUCAUAAUUGUCUAGAAUUAACGUAAAAGUUUUAGUGUAGAAAUGCAUGGAUGUCACACUUACUCGAUGUGUCUGAAGCAUCCAGCCUUAUGUGUUAACUUGGCUAUCGCAUAUCCCAAACAUCUCCACCAGGCCGUGAAGUUCCAAACACUAAAGAACCCUGAUGGGAAACUUGGAAUCAAUAGUAAACUCAACUGCACAUCUCAGGUUUAUAAUUUUAUCUUAAUUUUUACUGCACAAACUUUUAAAGCACCACAAUUCAAAUGUGUGCAAAUAGUAAGACAGGCUAUUCAGAGGAUAUUUAGAUCUUUCAGCUUUUUUCAUUAAUUCCAGUCCACAGACAUAAAAAUAAUCAUUAUUUCAAAAAAUAAUGUGAUAUGAAUUAUGUGUGCUUGGUUCUUUAGAACUUGAUUUUUACAAUUUUAAUCUAUCUACUGCCAAAAUUAAAGUCUAUUUUUAUGUAUUUGUGAUUUAGUGAUACUGUUAAACCUGUCAAGAUGCACAUUUCGCACAUAGUUUCAUAUGCGCCACUCUGUUAGAGACUUCAGCCCUUUCCCCCCACAUUUCUUCCCUAGUUACUCUUACAUAGUCUAUAAGUUGGUCCUGGUACUUUACAUGUUGUAAAAAACAUGGUGGCUUUAUCUCUUCUGUGAAGUUUUGGUCCUUGUAAUUGUACCGUUUCUGAUGUUUAAGGGUGACAUUGCUUUUGACUGUUUUGCAAUGUUGUGUUCUAACUUUAGACCCAUUGUGGCUUCCAUGCCAUGUGUUCUGUUAUGAUGCUGGUAAGGUAUGUACCAUGCACUGUUCAAUAAA